UGUUGGCAGCCCUUCUCCUACUUCGCCUGAGUUUUCUUCUGUGUGAAUUAGUCGCGAAGUAUAUAGCUAAUUGUAAUUUAGACAUCUCACGUCUAGCAGGGCUGUGAUUACUUCGCAAUGCUGCUAAAUGUAAUGCUACUAAAAAACGUGAAGCUCAGUCUUGGCACUGCGCGCUGCAGAACCCCGACAGCCUUUCAAUGGGCAAGAAAGUGAUCAAUUAACAUGAGUAUUCAAAACCUGCCUUUAACAUAAAACCUCCAAGUCACAGUAAAACAUCACCUUAUUUAUUCUGAGUUAUAAAUUAAUAGCUGUGUGAAUAUUUCGUGCCUAUGAUGAGCAGUCACAUACCGAAAACCUGUGAGAGCGUGCACACAUUUCAAGUCCUGAUGAGAAAUGGAGAGGGAUCCGUACGUCUUCUGUCGAUGGAAGGGGCGGCUGUGGCCAGCGAAGAUUUUGCCCAAAUCUGGUCAGAAUUCUAAACGGAGAAAGAACAUUGAAGUGGAAAUACUUGGAGAAGAGAAAAGAGUGUGGGUGCGGCAGAGUGACACAUCGCCCCUGGCCCAGGAGAGGAUUGAUUCGCUCUCCGUCCAGCUGAAUGUAUCUAGAAAGAAGGACUCCCCUACACAGGAGCUGAGAUACCGCAAUGCACUGCGCCUGGCCAUGAAUGUGUUGUCCUCCAACGACCCCCCCUCCCCUCCCACCUCGGGGUCACCCAGGAGGUCUGGUCGGCUCAACCCCACCCCCCCUACUGCAACGUCAUGCGCAGCUGCUUCCCCCAGCCUCGCUGGGACGCCAAAGGGAAUAGCUCAGAGCAAACCAAAGGCACUCCGCGUGGUCCGCAAUCUGGGCACGCACUUUUCCCGGAAACACCAGAGGGCCGCGCCCGGUAGCGGCGUUGGCGCGGGGGAGACUGAGGAGGGCCAACAUGGCAGCGAGCGGCCGCACUCUGGCCCCAGCGCUGAGCCGGGGUCCAGCCCGCGACCUCUCAGGGGUUCACCCCCGGAGACGCCGAGCCAGGAUGGCAGGAGAGCAGGACCCGGACUCAUGUCUUCAAACACGGAACCCAAGGAGAUAGGCCUCCCGCCUCGCCCCGGGAGUGCGAGCAGAGGUGCAACCAAAGGGCCGUCAAACGGACCAGGGAAGAGGCAGAGAGGGAGGGGCAGGAAGGGCGAGGUUGUGUGUGACAGUGCAGGGGCUGCAGGGACACACAUGGUGCCCUCAGCACCUCAAACCAACCCCGGGAGGGGGAGGGGGAGGGGGAGGGGGAGAGGGUCAGGGAGAAGGGACCAGAGCCAGAUGACCAGCCACAAGUCCCUUUCACCUGUUUUCAGAUCAGUGUCAUCAACACUCACAAACAAAGCUGUACCCUCCCCCAUAAGCUCGGACCUCAGUUCAGAUUUGAGCACCCCGAAGAGAAGCCCCCGGCUUUUGCAGAACAGCUUCCUCAGCACCACGCCAGAGAGCGGCACUCCAUCCACCUGUGGAUCCAAGCGUGGGGCGUCCCAGAGGAAGCCUCCGAGCAGCCAGGCGUCCAGUUUGGCAGAGAGUCAGGAGCCGCUGACGGAGGCAGAAGCGGGCCACAAAAAGCCCAGAAGCCGGAAGAGGCAGCCAGAGGCUACAGAAGAAACUAGAGUGUUGAGAAAGAGGAGGCGGGGCCAGAAGAAGGGAGGAGUUUCAGACACUCCCCCAGCUGCAAAGGACAGACAUGAGGAGGGCUGUGCAGAGGCGGAGCCAACCGAUGCCAGACCCGCCCAGCCGAUUUGCUCUAGCCGAGUGACUCCCCAGGAAAACUCAGAGGGGCCAGUGUCCCAGGAGCCUGGCUCCCCGCCUCACCCCUGGGGUGUGACCAGGUAUGGACCCAAUGGCCCGUCAGACGCGGCCUCAGACAGACUGGGGAAGAGACGGAGAGGAAGGGGCCCCCAGUCUCCCAGCACCACCGACAGGCACAGUGAAGUCAUGUGUGAUGCUGCAAGGGCUGAUGGGAUGCAGAUGGUGCCCAUGCAGCAACUAACGCCUCAAACCAGCCCUGGGAGGGGGAGGGGGAGGGGGAGAGGGAGAGGGAGAGGGAGGGGGAGGGGGUCAGGGAGAAGGGACCAGAACCUGACAAUCAGCCCCAAGCCCCUUUCACCUGUUCUCAGAUCAGCACUAUCAAUAUCCAUGCUGACAGACAAAGCUCUGCCCUCCCCCAUAAGCUCUGACCUCAGUUCAGAUUUGAGCACCCCGAAGCGAAGGCCCCGGCUCUUGCAGAACAGCUUCCUCAGCUCCACGCCAGAGAGCGGAGCUCCAUCCACCUGUGGAUCCAAGCGUGGGGUGUCCCAGAGGAAACCUCCGAGCAGCCAGGCGUCCAGCUUGGCAGAGAGUCAGAAGCUCCUGACAGAAGCAGAGCCAGGACACAAAAAGCCUAGAGGCCGGAAGAGGCAGCCGCAGGCUUCAGAGGAGACUGGAGCGUUGAGAAAGAGGGGGCGGGGCCAGAAGAAGGGCGGAGUUUCAGACACUGCCCCAGAUGCUAAGCGCAGAUGUGGGGAGGGCUGUGCAGAGGCGGAGCAACCCUCUGCCGGCCCCGCCCAGCCGAGUGACUCCAGCAUCCAGCCCCGCCAGCGCUGCAGACUGAGGUUCGAACCCCAGGAGGAGUCAGAGGGGCCAGGUGAGGCUUCUCUGUCCUCUGACCUGUCCAUCGAACUGAGUCUGCAGGAAGAGUCCGCCCCUCUGAACUCCUCCCUGCUGCUGGAGGAGGAAGAGGAGCAGGAGGAAGGAGAUGACGAUGACGAGGAGCUGCCCAGUUUCUUGCUGCAGAUGGAGAAGCCCCUGUCCAUCACUGAGGGAAUCUGUGUCUGGUGCAAAUUCAGAAAUUACCCCUUCUGGCCAGCGAUGGUAAAAAGUGUGAACCGCAAGAAUAAAAAAGCCAGCGUAGUGUUCAUUGAUGACCAGCUGUUCGAUGAGAAGAGGAUCCGGAAGGGCUUCUCCGUGUCCUUAAGGACCCUGAAACCCUUUGACUGUGAGGAGAUGGAUCAGCUCGUGGGCAAAGCAAGAGAAAAAUACCACGCAGCCAUUAACUGGUGUCUGGAGUUGAUUCGAUACUACAGAAUUAGCAUAGGCUGUGGCUCAUUUUCUGGUUCCAUCGUGGAAUAUUUUGCGGAUGACAUCAGCUGUCCGGUGCGAAGGAUGUACCUCCAGGGCAACACUGACGUCACCUUCCCCAGCAAGCUGAUGAUGGAGGAGGAGGGCGUGGCGUCGGACGGCGCGGGCGGGGAGAGCGACAGGGACGAGCAGGAGCAGGGAGGGGAGCAGCAGUCCAAGAAGCUGCUGCCCGACCGCGCCAAGGCGGCGCGCAACCGAGCCAACGAGAAGCUGGUGCACUUCAUCAUCAGGAAGCGAGGGGCGGAGAAACGACUCCAGGCCAUCAUUAGCGGCCAGGAGUCGUCCCGCUGGUUGCUCUCCUUCCUGAAGGCCAGUCGGCUUGUGGUGGACACCUACCUGGAGGACGAGGAGCAGGUGGACCGGGUGUACGUGUACCUAAAGGAGCUGUUUGAUUCAGCCCCCAGCACCGCUCCCUGCCUGGCGCAGGUGGACAGGAUCCGCUUUGUCCUGGACGUGUUGCUGCCUGAGGCCAUCAUCCAUGCCAUUGCAGGGGUGGAGAAGGUAUCUUUGGAAAAAGCGGAAGAUAAAUACUUGAAAGGGCCUUGUUUAAGUAAAAGAGAGAGGGAGGAGUUUGACCAGAUGAUUGAGCAGCAGAUGAAGAUGAAGGCGAGCGCUAAGCGCCGCGGGCAGAAAGGACAGGAGGAAGCGGCCGCCACAUAAAACAUUCAGAGCAGAAAGGGAAAGCAUCUUCAUACCUUUCAUACACGCGCACACACACACGCACACACACACACAUACA